UUCUCGUAUCAUUAUUUACACUUAUUGUUGUCAGUUAAUAGCUGUUAAUUUACGCUUUCCUAUGUAGUAAAACCAAUGGCACGUUAUUUAUCGUUUUUCAUGCAUGUUAUGGAGCACAUCGUACCCAAUUUUGUUUUCAGUUUGAACUCGCGAAAAAAUGGAGAAUGCUUAUGAACAAACUUCUUAAAUUGGAUUAAAAAGAUGAUUCUGUUUUGAGCAUGAGUGGGCUUGUUUUUAAUGGUACAGAAGAUGCAAAACUUAUUAAACUUUUUCCUAUUCUGAGUCAUCCAGACAAUGUCACAGUAAACAUCAUCGAAAGUUUUGCUAACAUCAGUAAUUCUUCAUCGUCAGAUUUGGAUUGGCUUUUCUGUUUCAAUCAGUGGCUACCACCAAAUCACAUUUUAUUCCAAAUAGCGAAUGCAUUUUUAUUUCUGUCAUACUUAGCUCCCAUUGGUAUCCAUGGUUUGUUGUAUAUGAGAACAUGUUUGAUGAUAGGAUCUCUAUUUUUCACUCUCUGGGGUUGGAUCAUACUCUGUGCCUUGGAUACUUUCUUAUGGAAUGCAGUAUUUACUGUAGUAAAUUUGAUUCAAAUGACAAUAAUUUUAUACUUAUUAAGGCCUUGUAAAUUCAGUGUAGAGUUGGAAGGUGUCUACCGCGAACUUUUUCAACCUCUUCGAGUAUCUCGACAUGAGUUUAAGCGAGCCAUACAGUGUAUGAGAGAAAUCAAGUCUUUGAAACCUCGUGAACCUUAUUGUGUUGAAAACGUUACCAAAGUAGAUCGACUAUCAUUAGUUUUAUCUGGAAGAUUAGUUGUGUCCCAACAUGGUCAUGCCUUGCACAUUGUGGAUUCCAAGCAAUUUCUUGAUUCUCCUGAAUGGUUUGGUGUUUGCACAAACGAUAACUAUCAGGUGUCUAUAACUGCUUUGGAAGAAUGUCGACUUUUGGUCUGGCAUCGAGAUAAACUUAAACUUUCCAUCUGCAAUGACCAAUUUUUACAAGCUGUUUUUGAUAACAUUCUUGGAAAAGAUGUGGUCAAAAAAUUAUUGCUGGUCUCAGAAACUUCAUGCAAUGGCGUAGGGUUAUAUGUGUGUGAAGAUGUUGUUGCUGAGACAACAAAGCUUCUUUCAAAAAAUAAACAGGGUCAAACUGGUCUUAGUGUUCUUCUAACCAGGCAAGUUAAAAAUCGGGAUACUAAUGUAUGGAAUCUUGCCAAGAAAGCGCAAGUAGAAUAUGAUGCAGAAACAACAGUUUAAUAUUAUAUGUGUUUUAUUUUAUAUAUAUUUCCUAUUGCUUUCUGUGAUCUUAGGUGUGCAUGACUAGCUUUUAUUAUUGUAAUAUUUAAUUUCAUAGCAUUUUUAAAAUAUGAUUUAUUUAAUUUGUUAAUGUUACUUAAUUUUUUUUAAUAUUUGUACUAAGUACAGAAUCUCAUUUUGCCAAAAAUGUUAUAGAAAGUAUUUUUCUUGUCAAAUUUAUGAAUAAAAUUUUCUUUU